AGAAACAAAAUUUCAACAAGAUCAAAUAAAACUUUUUCAUUCAAGUUUUUUAUCGCAUUUAAACAAGUGAAUUAUUCGUUGACAAGUGUAAUGUUAAGAAGAGAAUAGCGUAAAUUGAAAUUGUAUUGAAGAGGAAAAGUCAAAGAAAAUAAUAAACAUGGCUUUGUGGAACAAACUAUUACAAUCUCGUCCUGAAGUUAUGGAGCAAAUUCGCGUCUCUUAUGGUAACCAUUUUCCAAUGGAAGUACGUCAUUAUUUGUGUGAUUGGCUUGAAACGAGAUUGCUAAGCGGUCCAUUAUUUAUGGAUCAUGAUCCUCAAUAUGAAAUAGAAGCAGCGCGAUUUCUUAACGAACUCAUUCAUGAAUUGGAACGAAAAGCAAGUGAAAUGUCAGCUGAUGAUCUUAUAACAGCAAAGUUACGUCUUUUGGAAUCAUCAAGAAAUUUUCGUCAACUUUUCUCGCAUAAUCCGAGUCAGUUAUAUUCGCACUUGCGCAACUGCUUAAUGUUCGAAAAGCAAAUGCUUUGUUAUCCUGAAGAAUGUGCCAUGACGCAAAACAGUGAUUUUACUCAAAUUUUUGAAGCUAUUGAAGAGCUUAUGUCUCGAGUAAGAUCAAAUGAAAUUGAAAAUCGUAACUUGAAGAAGAAGUACGAACUCUUCUGUUGUGAACUACAUGAAGUGAGCAAAAACAAUGCUCAAUAUGAUGUGAUUGAAGGACAGAAUCCAGAACGUCGUGAGCAAAUUGCAACAAUGAAACAAGAACAACAAACACGCUUACAAGCAUCACUUAAUCAACUGACAGGAAUGCGCUUAAGUCUUGUUGAUAAAUUUAAAGGAACAAUCGAAUUAACCGAAACAGUUCAACAAAAAGUUGUUGAUAAAUAUUUGAAUCAAUGGCGUAUGAAUCAAGGGCUAGCUGGAAAUGGGGCACCGCCAUCCAACGCCAACAAUCUUGACAUCAUUCAAGGAUGGUGUGAACAUUUAGCCGAAAUCUUAUGGAACACACGCGAGCAAAUUAAAAUGGUUUCAAAAUAUCGUAAGCAGUUGAAUGUUGAUGAACAAAACUUGCCCGACUUUCUUCCCGAGCUCUUCGCUAAAAGCACAAAUUUGCUGGAACAUCUUAUCACACGUUCCUUUAUCAUUGAAAAACAACCACCACAAGUGAUGAAAACAAACACCAGAUUUGCUUCAACUGUUCGUUUGCUCAUUGGAAAUACAUUGAACAUUAAAAUGAACAGUCCAUUGGUUAAAGUGACAAUUGUAUCAGAAGUGCAAGCUCAACACACACAACAAACAAACAAAUGUUCAGAACAUUCGUGUGGUGAGAUUCUCAACAGCACUGGUAACAUGGAAUACAACGAAACAACAAAGCAACUCUCUGUAAGCUUUCGUAACAUGCAAUUGAAGAAAAUUAAGCGUGCUGAAAAGAAAGGAACUGAAAGUGUAAUGGAUGAGAAAUUUGCUUUGUUAUUUCAAUCGAGUUUUGCUAUCGGACAUGGUGAUUUGGUGUUUAGUGUUUGGGCUUUGUCGUUGCCAGUUGUCGUGAUUGUUCAUGGCAAUCAAGAGCCGCAAUCAUGGGCUACGAUAACAUGGGACAAUGCAUUUGCUGAAAUUAAUCGCACGCCAUUUGUCGUUCCUGAUAAAGUGCCAUGGAAUCGACUUGCAGAAGCUUUGAAUAUGAAAUUUCGCGCUUCAACUGGACGAAAUUUAACACCCGAGAAUUUACAUUUCUUGUGUGAAAAAGUUUUUAAAGUUCAAGUCCCGAUGCCACCAACUGACGACUAUCAAAUAACAUGGUCACAAUUCUGUAAAGAACCUUUGCCAGAUCGUACGUUUACAUUUUGGGAAUGGUUUUAUGCUGCAAUGAAACUAACACGUGAACAUUUACGUGGACCAUGGAACGAUGGAUCGAUCGUUGGUUUCAUUCAUAAACGAACAGCUGAAGAUCAGUUGCUGAAAUGUCAACGUGGAACGUUCUUAUUAAGAUUCUCUGAUAGUGAAUUAGGAGGAAUCACCAUUGCUUGGAUGAAUGAAGGAAACGAUGGCAACCCUUGUGUUCUUCAUAUUCAGCCAUUUACUGCGAAAGAUUUCUCAACACGCUCUUUAUCCGAUCGAAUUCGUGACUUUGAUGAUUUGACUAUCUUAUUUCCGAACAAAGCAAAGAACGAGGCAUUUGACAAGUAUACAACACCAUCAGGACAACCGAAAAAUAAAGAUUAUAUUCCGUCUGAAAUUCGAGCGAUUUUACCAACAUCAAAUACAAAUAACUCAUCAAUAAGUUACGCUAAUACACCGGCUUCAUUCAUGCAAUCACCUGACCCAUCUCGUGACACGCCUUCGGUUCAAAGCGGUUACGGUAUGGACGAUGGACAAUUAAAUCACAUGGGCACAAUCAGUGGAAUGCAGUUGAACGAAAACAUCGACUUCAAUCUUGAUAACAUUGACAUGUAUACAUCGUCGUUCAACUGAAUUAAAGAAAGAGCAUCGCAUACAAGAUAAAGGAAAGUAAAGUUGAACCUAAGAAAAGAUAAAAUGAAAAAAAUUUCAUUGAUAAGAAAACAGAAAAUCAAAACAAAAUUUUGCUAGUUUAACUUUUUUAUAUGAACACACACACACAUACUUUGCCUUACAUAAUAGUUAGCAACUACUUAAAUAUUCAAUUCUUCCGAUCUACUCUAUUUUUUACAAUUUCGAUGAUUUGCAAUACUUUAGUUUUAAACUUAAACUUUAACUUUAAAUAUAAGAAAAGAACAUGAAUGGCAGCAUAAAAAGGAAGAAAAUCUUAUAAUAUCUUACUUACUUAUUCGAAAAAGAUGAUUUAUAAAUAUUUUUGAAUUGUUGAUAGCAAUUACCUCUGUUCCUAUUUGAUCAAUCUUUCUGUUUCUUCAGUUUCUUUGUCUUCCUUCAAAAAAUGAAUGAAAAAUCUUAUUUACUGAUUUAAAAUUUUAAGAAAAUAAAAGUUGGAAAAAGUUUCGUUUUUAAUUAUUCAUUAAUUCUUGAAAAGCAAACAUUUCUUAAAUAUUUCCUUUUAUUGAAUUUUUAUGCUUGUUAGUCUUGAGUUUCAUUGGAAUUGAUGUUUGUGUAGUUAUGUGAUCGUUAAUCGUUCAAUUUUAAAUGGAAAUAUCUGCAUUAUCUACACGUAGUUAAGUAUGACAGAAAAAAAAGAACAAUGAAUUCGAAUUAAUUUUACAACAUACAUCUAAUUAAGGUAUGGAUUAUUGAAACUUGAAGUUUGAAACGAAUUUUGAAUGUACAAAUAAAUAAAAAAUGAUAGAAAUUCAAAGCUCUAAAAAAAUGUAGACAAAAAAUAAGGAAAUGAAAAACUUUUGAUUGCUUUUGUUCUGAAAGAUAAAAUAAUUCUCAAGUUUUCGAGCUUAGCUUAACCUUAGGUUCACCGCCAAAAUCCCCGAAAUUUAGAAACUUGCUAAUCUUCGAAGGAAAAUUGUAAUCCGAGUGCCUGUUGGAAAUUAUUAUGAUUUGAUCAUCAAAUGACACAUUUUAAUGAUUUAAUUUCGAGGAUAUAUUUUUAUUGAAAAGAAUAAAAAAAAUUGUGUCUUCAUAUUGAGUGCCAUAUCAAUGAAGUCAACUCGACUAGAUAUUUUCAUUAGAAAGAAAAAAGAUAAAAAAAUCUUUGGAAAAUGCUUGGCUCGAUUUCAUUGCCGUAUGUUUAUUUUUUAAUCAAAUGAGAAAGAAACUUAAGAAAUAAAAAGCGCAACUCGUGUAUCUGGUUAAAAAAUAAUUAUGAAGAUAAAGAAAUUAUUCAUCGAAAGUUAUUAAACUUUUACUUACUUUUAUUGUCAUUAAAAAUAAAAGAGAAUGAAAUUCAAAAGUGAAAUUAAAUAAUUGAGACACAUAAGAAAACAAAAUAAAUGAUUUUUGCACUUUGCUGUAGGAUUUUUAAGCAUUUAGCUAUUUACUGAAAAUACAAAUGAGGAUCGCACAUUGCCAUCCGAAUGUGUUUAUGAUCAUCUUUAAAAUCUUCACAAAUGGUCCAUAAAUUUUACUUAAAAUAGUUUUCUUCCGAUGAUAAUAAAUGUAUUUUCUUAUCUCUAUUAAGCUGUUCAACAAAUUUAGUGUAACAUCAAUUUUCAUGAUGAGAAAUCGUAAAUAAAAAAGAAAAGGAAAUAAAUGGUCACUGUUACUGAGUGUAAUUGAAAUCUUUAAAGAAAA